UUAGGGAUGGGACGAAUUGAGGCUCAACUAUUAAAUUAUCUUUGGCGUUUUUUGCUUCUUUUUUUUCUUUCAUCCAUUGUUUUUCAUUUUCAGAAUUAUUUUAACUCUUUCAUCAAAAAAAUGAUAAUUCCAGUUCGUUGUUUUACUUGUGGCAAAGUUAUUGGGAAUAAAUGGGACGCUUAUUUGCAACAUUUACAGGAUGGAAGCACAGAAGGCGAUGCUUUGGAUCAACUCAAUUUGCGUAGAUAUUGCUGUCGAAGAAUGUUACUUUCACAUGUUGAUUUGAUUGAAAAAUUGUUAAACUACAAUCCUUUGGAGAAGUAA